AUGCUAGUGCAAAGUUUGUAUGGAAUCAUUAUAACAAUAAGUCAUGUUGCUGACACUUAUGGGAUGGUCAAUCUACAGAGUGCUGUUUCUGGGCUAAACAGAGGUCUUGCUGCUAGUGAAGAUGAUUUACAGAAGGCAGAUUCGGCUGCCAAGGAGCUUGAAGGUGUGGGAGGACCUGUAGAUCUCUCAGUUGAACUUGAUAAACUGCAAGGAAGGUGGAAACUGAUAUAUAGCAGUGCAUUCUCAUCUCGCACUCUAGGUGGAAGCCGUUCUGGCCCCCCAACUGGAAGACUUCUUCCCAUUAUUCUUGGCCAGGUGGCCCCCUACUUCGAAAAUUCUAAAUCUACCACUGAUUCCAUGGUUUGUUUUGAUCAGGUGUUUCAACGGAUUGACAUCUUAAGCAAAGAUUUUGAUAAUAUAGCAGAGCUUCAAUUAGGCACUCCGUGGCCUCUUCCACCUGUUGAGGUGACAGCCACCUUAGCCCACAAAUUUGAAGUCCUAGGAUCUUCCAAAAUUAAGAUAGUAUUUGAGAAAACAACUGUAAAGACGACAGGAAAUUUAUCACAACUUCCACCAUUGGAUGUACCUCGGAUACCAGAUGCACUAAGGCCAGCAUCUAAUACAGGUUCAGGUGAAUUUGAAGUUACCUACCUCGACUCUGAUACCCGCGUAACAAGGGGAGACCGGGGAGAGCUUCGUGUUUUUGUGAUCUCUUAAGUUUUGAAGAUGGGCAGUUUUCGAACCAUUGUUUGAAAUUCGAACUUCUGUCUGUAAUAGCAACUUCCUCUCUUUCCCUCUCCUUUUUUUUUUUUUUUUUUUUAUUAUGUAUAUCAAAUUGUAUAGAGAGAUUCAACAUGGACAACUGCUUUAAAAGUAGAAAUAUUGUAUGACAGUGUAUUCAUAGGUCUAUCAACUGUAAUG